AAAUGUUAUAUUGACGAUCAUGAAGCUAAAAUUCGUGACAUGACAAAUGUAGAAAUACAACAAAUUAUACUAAAACAGAUUAUUGAUUUUGUUGGAGGGUUAACCAAUAUUACUGAAAUAUGGUCUGUUGCAGUUGGCGAUGCAAUGGCUGUGAAGCAUUACAUAGUUUUAUUAAAGAAUUAUUCACAUGUUUGUACAUGUCUAUCUAUUAUUCAACAAGGCAUAAUUUGUAGGCAUUAUUUUCGAAUUAUGCUUGCGACCAGUGCUGCAAAAUUUCAUAUCCAAAAGUUUAUCAAAGAAAAUAGUACAACAUUCCAAUGCGAAUCACUUAUGUCUAUUAAUUAUCUAUGUGCAUUUCAACAAGCCAACCGAGACUUUCUUGAAGAAAGCCUUAAUUUGUCUCAGCAAAAAAUGCUUUAUGGAAAGUUACAUGGAAUGUAUAAAAAAGCUAUUCAAAAGGCAUUACAAAGUAAAGUCAAGUCAUAG